AUGCAGCUGUCAUUCGAAGGAAGCUUGGGAAAAAGCUGAUUGCGCUCGAGAAAACACUGGAAUAUUGACUUUUUUCCGGCUCUCACGUUAUUGUUUUACCAGAAUUACAUUUAAAGUAACUGUUAAACAUGACGCGAUCUGGUUCAUGUGAAGGAUAUUAGUGCCAUUAAACGUUCCUGUUGCUUAGUUAGCUAGCUAAACGUCCAGAGAGAACAAGAUUAACUGCUUAUAAAACUUGGCACUGUCACCAAAGGAAGUUUAAUGUUUAUCGCGCGCUGGCGUUAACUUUUUUUGAAGAAACGGGAACCUCCUUCCUUUUUUCCCCCCACAAAACUAGAAGUGUCGUAGCACCGUUGCGAACCAUGUCCGCGUCCGCGACAAACUCCUCUCACCAGCAGCAGCCGCGAGUGCGGCUCAGCAACGCCGCUUCCCCCAACUCCGCCGGCGGCAGCGGCGCCCCCCGGCUGCAGCCCAUCCGCGCCACGGUGCCCUACCAGCUCCUGCGGGCGAACCAGCACAGCCCGACUUGCCCUCCCUCCUCGCACUCGGUGGCGAGCCGCGGCUCGAGUCCCCCCAGCCCGACACAGCCGCUGUCGAGCCCGGCGGCGAACGGCUCGGCGGAGCCGCGACUUGUAACCAGACAGAGACUGUCACCGGACAGCAGGGACUCGCCGGAGCGGAGUCCCAACUCGCCCGUCUGCAGAGCAGAGCGUCAGAAGCCUCAGCAGUUGCGUGGCACCAGCUCCAUCCGCCGGACCUCGUCCCUCGACACCAUCACGGGGCCCUACCUCACCGGGCAGUGGCCCCGAGAGCCCCACACGCAACACCGGCCAUCCUGUAUGAAAGACAAAGCCACGCAGACUCCCGGAGGCUGGAGUGAGGAGGGCGGGGAGAGAAUCAUCCACCAACGUUCCGCGUCAUGGGGCAGCGCCGACCAGCUCAAAGAGCAGAUCGCCAAGCUGAGGCAGCAGCUUCAGCGCGGCAAACAGGCCGGAAGGCAGGGGAGGGAGAAGGACCGGCUCUCGCCCCAGCAGGGCGGGGUCCACGGCGCCGGGAGCCCGGCUCAGCCUGCGUCGAAGUCGAUCCCAGUGCCGCUGUACAGCUCCUUUGUGACAAAAUCCUCCAUCGUCCGGGUUCCCAACAGCGUCGAAGGCAUAAACCACGAGCUGGAGAGGGUGUUCAUCAAUGACAACGGGGACAAGGAGGAGCUGAAGGUCCUGGAGGUCCCGGACGGGAGGCGUGCCCCCUGCCCCCCCCAGCAGCGCAGCAGCAGCACGCGGAGCAUCGACACCCAGACGCCCUCCAGCCCUUCGCCCUGCCCCUCGCCUCCCUACCAUCCAGGCUUCCAGGAUGGGAGCCCCUGUUCCGCCGAGGACCUGCUGUACGAGCGGGACAAAGACGGUGGGAGCGGUUCCCCUUUGCUCAAGUUUGCCUCUUCUCCCAAGCCAAACAACAGCUACAUGUUUAAGAGAGAGCCCCCAGAGGGCUGUGAAAGGAUCAAGGUGUUCGAGGAAAUGGCGUCUCGCCAGUCAGGCUCCAUUCCUCUCUUCUCAUGUCCUGACAAAAACAAAGUGAACUUCACCCCAACUGGCUCUGCCUUCUGUCCCGUCAAACUCCCAGGCUCCUCUCCUUCGAACCCUGGACGUGCGCUUGGCCCAAGUCAUGUCACUGGAUCUGACUAUGCCUCGCCAUACUCUAUGAGCGUCGAGCCGAGCGCUCCAUCUGUAACUCAGGUCUCUGCUAGCACCAGCACAGAUGAGUCCCCUGGGGGCCCUGCAAUGCCCCCUGCAUGCCUCCAGGGGGGGCCAGUUGAUCCUCACUCCUGGCCUCAGAGCUUUAUCAUUAGUUAGUCAUUGGCAGAGCUGGUACCUGCUUCUCUCACCCACCCAUAGCUGAUGGCAAAGCCCUCCCCCCUUUCAGAAGAAGCCCCCACUGUCCAAUGAUCCCCCACUUUCUGCAUGGUGUACCUACAAUCUUUAGAACAAAAAAAGCUAGCAUAAUCUAGCACAUCCAUAAAUGAUGUUUUGGCAGGGAUAGGAAUAAUCUCGUGUUUACUCUGUAAUAAGCAGAUGCUCGCAACUAUGAAAGUGGAAUUAGCGCUUGUCUUUGAACAGUGUUAAAACAGAGUUGUGGAAUAGUGGGUGGUGGGGGGGUGGAGAGAUAAGCACCUACAACUAGAAUAUUUAAUUUGGUACCUUGAUGUCCUGUGUUGUUUCAAUAUCCACAGUAUGAAUAAGCUGUAUAUCCAAACAAAAAAAAUGCCUGUUAAAACUGAAAGAUCUAUAUUGCUGUGUCAUUUUCAACAAAAAAGUUUUUCCCCACUGUUUACAGUGAAUCCAGGUUAUGUACGUAGACACAAAGAAUACAGACACGAGGCCUCGUUGCUGCACAGUGGGAGCUUCAGGUUUUUCACUCCUGUCUAAACUCAGGUGAUUUGGAAUGUAUCCAUGCAUGGAUUGGUCCCAAUCUACAAAAUUUUUUUGAGGCAGACAAAAAAAAAACGCAUCACUGUAUUGCCUUUCCAUUUUGUACGUUGACCUUUUUCCUCAUGACAUUCCAUGUUGUUGGAAUUUGUGCUUUCUGCUCCGGGAGUCAUCUCCCGGAACGUGGAAGAAUCCCAGCAACCAGCAGCGCUGCGGAACAGCGUCAGUAUCACAGCAUCGUCAUUGUCCCACGGGUCAUCUGUGGGAGAUCCUUAACGGACAGUACGGACCCUCCCCGCCUUGACUGAUGAGGUGUCGCCAAGUUAUGGCAGAACAUUUUAGCGUGAGGCUGUACCUGAGAGACACUCCUCGCAUUCCUGGAAAUGGAGUUUCGUAGCCCAAACUGCAAAUUAAAACAUUCCGGGCCCUAAAGAGUGGUCUUUGUUACCUGCGCUAUUCAUGCGCUUGCGAAAUGGCGCAUCGCACAUUACCGUGCGAUUCAAUCACGGAUGUGUUUUAAUGACACCAAAUGCAUUGCAUUUGCAUGUAGAUUUUGCUGAAUGGGAUUAAUAAGGUAUCUGGAAAUGGUGACAGACUUGGUUGCCCUGACUCUAAUGGCCACGUUCCCCCCUGUGUUAGUGAUAUGUGCACCUUCUGGGGUUCAGACCUAGUCAUGGCCUUACAAUAGAUAGUUGAUGCAAUUUUUUCUAGUUCCACUUAUUUUUUCAAAUAUAUAGCCACUGACUGAGUGUCUGUUUAAAGGCAACCUUUUUAUUGUUAUUCUAAAUCUAAAAUUUUAAUAUUUUCAUGAAAAAAUAUGAAAGUCCUGGGCUUUUUAAUAAUAAAGAUUUACCAUAAAGUAAAGCUCUUAACUAAACAAGCCAAACACGUUGCUGAAGGGGACAAAUGUAAAGGGAAACCUAACUGCAUAUUUUUACCGUAGCGUCUGUGUCUUUACACAGUUGGUGAAGAAGCUUUGAUACGAGAGACAAACUGGUUGUACAUCCACAGACACGAAUGUUUAGAAAACAGAGGAAACCACACAAAUAGCACAAAUUUCUCUCAUCAUCCAGUCACUCGAGGUUAGAACCUGCUAUAGUUCCCCAGCCUAGUGUUUGCAGAGAUGAAUGUAGCAAGAUAUGGUAUAAAGAAAAGCUCAACUAGUUUGUAAAAUAUUGACAUAAGUUAUUUUUCUUAUUCUUCAUUUUUGUAUAUUCAUCUAAGAAGCAUAGCGAAGCACUUUUCUGCAUAGUUUCUUGGCAACAUCUUGGCACCACAUUCAAAGGUGUUUUGCCAGUUGCCACACACACACACACACACACACACAUUCAAAUUUUGUUUUGUAUUUUAAUAGAGAGCUUUUGUGUCUUCAGUUAAAUAAAGUUUCAAUGAAACAAGAAA